CAGCAUGACUACGAAGCUGCCCUUGCGAGAAGAAUGUGAGACCUGGACGCCUCUCCAGGUGGCUGACCUUCUAAGACAGUGUGGGAUGCAUGACUGUGCCCGGAUAGUGGAAAAAUUAAAUAUAGAUGGAGUUCGAUUUUUGCAUUUAUCAGAAUAUGAGAGACACAGAUUCAGUAUAAUGGACCAGCCGCAACUUCAAAAAAUAGUGCAUGAUAUCAAGAAAAAUGAUAGUGGAAUAAUGAGCAAGUUCAAAAAGUUCCAAAAUGAGCAAGUGGCCUUAAUAUGCAAAACUGGGAAAAAUACAUGGGAUCGGUUAACAAGUAAACCACCACCAAGCAUACCCCCCAUUGAUUACGUUCCAGACCAUACAGAAGAAGAAGAACAGUGGUCAGAUGACUUCGACAGCGAUUAUGAAAAUCCAGACCACCACUCCGAUUCUGAGAUGUAUGUGGUUCCCACCGAAGAGAACUGCGAUGACAGCUAUGAGCCUCCUCCGAGUGAACAUGACCAGAAGAAGCUUCCAGUAGCGCUCUUGUGCCCGAGGGGAGUAUAUGCAGACGACAAACGGUCUAGCCAACAGAAGACCUGGCUGCCACCUAUUCUGCCAAACCAAUCUUCAUCUCUGUCAAAGAAACCAGCCAGUUUACCACUACCGCCAUCUGCUGUGCAGAAGCCCAAACUCCCACCCAAGCCAACAGAUGAUGAGGCAGAUUAUGUUGUGCCGGUUGAUGAUGAGGAUGAAGAUAAUUAUAUAGAGCCCACAGAAGAAAGCACUUCCCAACCUGUAAAACCACCCGUGGUGAAUAGACUGACCAAGCCUCCCUGUUCAGCACCAUCACCUUCCACACUAGAUGUAUAUGAACUUCCUGAGGAAGAGCAGCAGUCAUCACCUCCAUUACUCAGGAUAUCCAAACCACUUCCUCCAAAGCCCGUUUUGAGACCAUCUGGAGGACAUGCUCAUGAACGCAACAUACCUAAAGAAUCCUUUACUCCAGACGUGUUGAAAUCAGACAGAAACAUUUUGCCACUUCCAAGGCACCGCCCUUUACCGAAAGUUGAACCAGAGGGCCUUGGAACACAAACCGAUGGAAAUAAUAGCGGCAAUGGUGCUCCAGAACUUAAAAUUCCUUCUGUUAGUGUUCCCUCUCCAUUUCCCAGGAUCGCAAAAAAACUCAUGAAUCCUGCAAUACCACCGAAACCAAGCUUACCUGAUAGAGACCACUUAAGUAUUACUGAAGAUAAGCCUAUACCUGCUGAACGCCGCCGGGGUUCCAAUCAUGAUAUUCCUCUUCCACCCAUCCCAUCUAGCAUUCAAAAGCCACUACCCCAGAAGCCACCAAUCUUGUCAAGAUCUUCAGAACCUGCAAGCCACACCAUAGGUACACGAAGUAAUAGCUUUCAAGGUGGUUCUACAACAGCAGAGCAGGAAGCUGGUGUUCUUGGUCAAGCAUGGUACAUGGCUUCUAGUGAUCGGAAAAUAGCCGAGGAUGCAUUACAUAAAUCAAACAAGGAUGGGUCUUUCUUAGUAAGGAAGAGCUCUGGACAAGAUGUAAAGCAACCAUAUACGUUAGUUGUAUUUUAUAACAAAAGAGUAUAUAACAUUCCGAUCCGAUUUAUUGAAUCCAAAAGGCGAUACGCUCUGGGUAGAGAAAAGAGUGGUGAGGAGUACUUUGACAGCGUCGCAGAAAUAAUAGAGAAUCAUCAGCGGACUUCUCUCGUUCUCAUUGACAGUCAAAACAACACGAAAGACUCUACCAAGCUAAGAUAUAUUGCUAGAGUUUCGUAACUGCAUCAAGGAGUAUCAUGGAAUAUCUUUUAGGCCUAAUUUUCCAAGGAUUUGAGGACAAGAGCACCUGAACAAACAUGCAAAACUAUUGUUAGAAGAAUUUUCUUCAGAAGUUUUUCAGCAAGAACCACGCUGAUAGUUACCAAACUAGUGGAUUCAUUUAUGAACUGCUAUUCCAGUCAUUAAAGUACCCAAAGUGUUGUAUACUUGAAAAACUUUUUUUUAAUAAAAGACAUUAUAAACUCUGGAGAGAAAAAUCCUUUAGUGGCAGACAUGAUAUAUUCAAAACUAUACCUGCUAGAUUUUACUUGUUCUUGCUUAAGAAAAUUCCUGCUAAAAUUUGUAUUUUUCAAAGCUAGGGUGUCUAUACCCCAAAGAGCCAUUAAGUAGCAAGCUAAAAGCAGGAUUUUUAUUCCUGGGACAGCAGCCUAAAAUAAUCAGGAUGCUGAUUUAGUGUAAUGGACUGGUACUUCUUCACCUGUAUUUGUUGGAACUAUUGUUACAUUUUGAUUAAGUGUACAUAUGAAAAUAAUUAUGUGUAAUUUAUCAGGAUGCAGUUAUGAUCCAGAAGAGUUUAUAAUUCUUGCACAGUAAAUGCUUGUCUUAACUACUUCUCAGCUGUUACAGUACAUGUUUCUGCAAAACGUUUCAGGAUUGUAAAAUACUUUGGCCACAUGAAUGUACCAAGAAAGUAUUCAGUGUUUGUUGGGGGACAGGGAUUAUUCUCUUUCACUGGAGUCAUAAUGCAGAGUUGUGACCUGCAUCCAGGAAGAUAGCAAUGAAGCUUUAAUCACAACGAAUGGGAAACUGUAUUCCAACUCCUGGUAUAUGUAAACUGGAUAGUUAAGCUUUAAAAUCUUAGGUAUAGCUUGGCUUCCCAUUACUUUUAAUAAUGAGGUUACUUACUUCAUUCCAAAUUCUACAAUUUGUUGUUGUUGUACAACUGAUGAAAAGACUAAAUGGUUUAGUAUUUCAGGCAAAUACCUAUUUUUAAAAAAUAUUUAAAUACUUAAAGUAAUAGUACUGGGCAUACUGAAUGUUAAAGUUAAGAUAGGAAUUUACCUUUUCUUCCCAAAUAAGCAAUACAUAGUUUUACUAUUCAUUCAUGGGAAUUCUAGAUCCAGUUUCAUUAAGUUUUAAUUAUGUUUUACAAAUAAUUUUUUUCUUUCCAAUCAAUACAUUACAAAAUGCUGCAUUUGGAUUUCUGAUUUAAUUAGUAUACAGUAAAAUGAUAAAUAAACCUAGAUUUGUUUUUAAAGAUGGCAAAGACUGGUCUCCCUCCAAUUAGUUUGAUAUAUUUCAACAGUAUCACACACUUAACUCAGAUGUCUGAUUUUUGCUAGACACAAGUUUGCAGCUAAAGUCUCAAAUAUACUUAGAUUAGCAACAUGUAUUUAUCCCAGCAUUCAUUUCUGUUGUCUUAAGAAUUAGUAAAGAAAUGGGUUUUGGUUCUUAGCCUCAGUGCAAGUUUUUAGACAUUAUUCCAGCUGAGUACAAUAUAAUCUUAAAAAGGAAUGCUACUUAAUUGCAUCCACACUUUGAAGGAUCUAUUAUUUUAUCCAGAAACUUUAGAAUAAAAUAAAAUUUGAUUCUGUGCCACAUUAACUAUGGCAGGAUUAAAAAGAGCAGUAUUACAAAAAAUUAGUAGCAAAUUUACUCUCAGCUUAAAUAUUCAAGUAGCACAACAUGCAGCUGUACUGUACCAGAGGCUAGGCCCCAUGUAAGUGCUUAAGCCACAUGUUAGAAGCUUACACGUGUCCAUUUUCACAUGCCUGGCAACACACCUAGAAAGUUUUGCUUCUGUUUUGUAAACAAGUAAAAACUCAAUCUAAAUUCAAGGUGAGCCCUGUAUAUUUAUGCAGUUUUCUUUUUUGUAAAUACAGAAUAUAAAUGGAAUGUCCACACGUGAAAGUGUUUUAUUCUAAUUAUUUUGAUAUAAUUGUUGCUAUUUAAAAGAAUAUUUAACCUGUUUGGUAUCUGGAAAGUCAGCUCAAGUAUCAAAGAGCAAGAUUUUUUAUCAGCAAGCUAAUUGCUUAACAUUAAUAAAUACCU